AUGGGAUGCCGGGCCAUUCACAUGUGGAGUUUAAGUGGUUUAGUUGGUGCUUUUCUUGAUCUCGCUAUAGCCUACUUGUUGCUUUGUGCAUCAGCUGUGUCCUAUUUAGCAGCAAAGUUUCUGGGUUUUUUUGGAUUGUGCUUACCAUGCCCUUGUAAUGGCCUCUUUUUCACCGCUCCAAAUAGGAAUCACUGCUUACAACAACUGUUGGUUGAUUUCCCAACUCAAACAGUAUCUAACGUUCAACUUUCUAUGAAGCAAAAGUUACCUUUCAAUGAUUCCAUUUGGGAAAAUAAUCAAAACGGUAAAGUUAUUAAUGAUAAUGUUAAGGGGAUUCUUGAAAUUGAAGGUGAGGCAUCAUGUAGUUCUGUAUCAGAUGCUAGGAGGUCAAGGAAUGUACCCAGGAGGCUGCUGAAUUUGAGGAGGGAUAGGUCUGAUAUGAAGGGGAAAAGGGUAGUAAAUUAUACAAGAAAGGGUGGAUUUGGAUUGAGGCGGCGUCAAAAGGGGGGCAUUAAUGGUGGGAAUUAUUCAUCGGUUUCGUCGUAUGAUCCUUCCCUGUGUAGCGGGCAAGAUGGUGCUGUUCCUAUAUCUCCUUCUAGUGUCAACGAGAGAGGGAAUGAAUUCAGUGGAGGUAUCUCACUGCCCGUGGAUAAUGAAGAUGAUGCUCGUAACUUUGAAUAUGAUGAGGAGGCUCCCACAAUCAUGGGAUUGAGGCAGGGAGUUUUUGAGAGCAUUCAAUUGAAUAAAUGCCCUGGUGAAGAUAUGCACAGUAGGGAAAAUGUACCAUUUGCUGAAGAUCUAAAAGAACAUGGCCGAGGGGAACUGAGUUCCAUUGGAGAUGAGAAAAAUGCAAUAAGGUUCUUGAAACGGGCACUUGAUGAAGAGCAUGCUGCUGGUUUGGCUCUUUACCAAGAGCUUGAAAAGGAAAGAAGUGCUGCUGCAACUGCUGCAGAUGAGGCUAUGGCUAUGAUUCUGCGCCUACAGGAGGAGAAGGCAUUCAUAGAAAUGGAAGCUCGGCAGUACCAGAGGAUAUUAGAAGAAAAAUCUGCUUACGAUGCUGAAGAAAUGAACAUCCUCAAAGAAAUCAUGGUAAGAAGAGAGAGGGAGAAGCACUUUUUGGAAAAGGAAGUUGAAGUGUAUAGGCAGAUGAAUUGUCUCGCAAACAAACAGUUAGCUCAUGAUAGUGGGGAGAAAAAUGAUCCUCAACUACCUGUUGAUUCUUCAUUUGAUCCAAAUGAGGAUCUUGUUCUGAUGCUGCAUGAGCUUAGCGCAUCUAUUGACAAGAAGGUAAUGAUAGAAAACAUAGGUUCAGAUGAUAUUGUAUCUAUUGAUAAGCAGAAAUGUACACUAGAUAUUGGAAAUGAGUCCCCAGUUCAAGGAUCAUGUGAAAAUGCUAGCUUCCAGAAACAAGAGGACUUAGGCGGACUACCUUCGCGGAUGUCAAUAUGCAGUAGUGAUAGCACCGUGGAGCUUCAGGAGAAAGAGAUGAUAUCAAUAGAUGAUAACUCGUACAUGCCACCAAGGGACCCUCAAAAAAUUAAUUUUCCAGAGAAAACUAUCCCUUUAGUACGGAAAGAGCAUGAGGGAAAUGAGAACUUCAACCUAUUCCAAAAGAACAUUUACCCUAGUAAUGGAACCGAGUCAGGUGAUCCAAAUGCCGCUCCACAUUUGACACAGCAUAGCGUUGACGCACAACAUGGAUUUCAUGAUUUGUGUAAUUUAGUAUUUGAUAACGACUCUCAUGUUUAUGAUGUCCAUGUCAUUGGCAAUGGAUCCAACUUCAGUAAUGAUAUAAAUGGAAGCAAAGCUGAGCAGUUUUUGAGCACUGAUACUUCAGAAGUUGAUAGGAAAAAUGAUGUUCCCUUGGAGGCCUCUGUUGCAAAGAAGGUUGUUGGUAUCACCGACUGUCCAGGUACUAGUGAUUUGAUCACUGAACUGGACAUUAAGAGAAGCAGUUCAGACAUGACUAGUUGGCUUCCACCCAUGGGCCCAAGGUGUAAACCUGUACUUUCUCAUAUGCGGAGGAGUUCCAUGUCUGCAGUGGAUACUGAAAGGUUAAAAAUCAACAGUGAAAUUUUCAGGCUUCGUGAAAGGUUAAGGACCGUGCAGGAGGGGAGAGAAAAACUUAGUAUAUCUGUUGAACAUCGUGAAAGGGAAAGAGUACAGAUGGAACUUUUGGAGAAUAUUGCACGCCAGCUUCAUGAGAUUCGGCAGUUAACAGAACCAGCAAAGGCUGCGCGCCAGUCUUCUCUGCCCCCUCCAUCCUCUAAGGGUGUGUCGAAGAAAAGACGGUGCCGAAGUGUUUCCUCAGGACUCCAGAGAAGCUCCUAUGAAUAG